AUGGCUUAUGAAGCGCAAUCUUCAACCAGUAAAUUCAUAGAUGGUUACACCUUUUGGUUGCCCAUCAAUUCCUGGGCUUGGGUCUUCCACUCCUCGCGCCACCUGGUCAGCGGCGGCCUGCCCUCAACCACAUCGCCAACGCUCCAGAGCAUGCGCUUCUUGUCCGUCUCCUCGGCGACGUCGUUGUCCGGUCACAGAAUUCAACCACCUGCUCCGGCCACCAAGCCCCCGCCUGGCCGGUUGCCGCUGAGCCCCGUGAACGUCCACCCCGGUACCAGCAGGUGCACCGACACGCUGGCCUCGUGCCGCAAGUCGAAGCUUGCUGUCGGUCGGUCCUUGCUCCGGGAAUACGGGUUUAAAGGGGGGACUGGGACUGGGCCCGGGCCUGGUUCCCCAAUUAUCACCGGGACACCGAAUAACUACGGCAUGUAUGUCAACUUCGAUGCCAAACCACCCCGCCCGUCUCAUCAACAUCAAGCAGGACAGACCAGGACACAAGCAACAAUGUUCCAAGCUACCGUCGUGCAAACACACACAAAGGUUUCGCCCUCGUCCCUGUCCUGA